UUUCACACCAUGAUAGCUGCUUAACAUGCAUUUCGAUGGCAUCUUGUGAGGUCAUGAAAAUACUACAAAUGGUACUGCUGUUUCUUUCAACAAUCUUUUAAUGUACUGAGAUAGAUUUGUCUUCUGAUACAAAAAUUUAAAACCAAGAGAGUAUUCAUCUCCAUAGUAUUCUGUUGCAUGGUCUUAAGGUGAAAAGCUAUUAAUGGACAUAUCUGAUUCUCAAGCUAAGGGGCGCAGCUUUUAUAAAAUCUUGCUCUCAGAAAUUUCCUUGCAUGAUAAGCUGAUGAUUCCUGAAAAAUUUGCAAGGAAGUACCGGAAGUACCUUAAUGUUCGUGUUUGCUUGAAGGCUUCCAAGGGUGAAAUUUGGCCUAUUGAUUUGGUUGGAUAUGGUGGUGAGCUUUGGCUACAAAAUGGCUGGCCAGAAUUCGCAAGCUGCUACUCUCUGCGUUUUGGGCAUUUCCUGAUUUUUAAAUACCAAGGAAAUUCCCAUUUCGAUGUAUUUAUAUAUGACAAAAGUGGUAUUGAAAUAGAUUAUCCGUUCGUUAGCACUCUCACAGUUAGGGAUGAACAAGACAGUUUUAAUCAAGCGCGAUCGACUCAAGUGGGAAAAAGAACAAUGAUUGACAUCAAUGAACUUAAGGCCUGCAAGAAAACAAGAGCAAAUUCUGCAUGCAUAGAACCUUGUCAUAUUGGUGACUGUUGGAUGCGAAAAUUGCAGCACCAAAAAAUUGAAAAGGUUACAUCCGACAAAGAUCUCGAGGUGAAAUUGGAUGAUAAUGCUCAACCUCUUGGCAUGAUUGAUCAGACAAAACUAGAGCUUAAUCUUUAUAAUCCAAUGCACCAAGACAGGGUAACUAAGGGGGCCUCAGCUAAGGAUGAACAGAAUUCUACAGCAUUGAGCAAAGUUUCAGAAUCUAGCAAACCGUCUUUCGUUCUUACUGUUCCAUCAAAUCAGGGUGCCUCAGACCGACGAGUGGUUAUUGAUAAGGCUUUUGCUUUGAGGUAUAUGAGGAGGACACGAAAUUUCGAGGUUUCCCUUCAAGUUGAAGAAAGAAUUUGGGCUGUUAGGUGUACUGUUUCUGGGAAGAGGCACAGAUUUUGUAAAGGCUGGUCGAAAUUUGCUCAUGAAAAUUCACUUUGUGGGGGAGAUGUUUGUGUGUUUGAGCUGAUUAAUGAAGCUCAAAUGUUGCUAAAAGUUUGCAUACAUCGAGCAGCGAAGAGCUAGAAUGCUAGAUGGUUUUCGUAUCUGCUCAUAUGUUACCAAGACAAUGUCAUGAAUAAAUACUAUGCAAGGUGUUCAAGUUCUUGAAUCUAAGAUUUCUAGCACUUGUGGGGAGAUGACAUUCCAAUCGAAACUUAAUACAUGUAAUUUUUGAGAAAGAUCGAAUGAAAUGCAGGAUGUGUACCUGUAGUUUCAGUUACAAGCUCAUGCAUUUUGUGUACAUCUGCAAAAGUGUGUACC